UCAUAGUUGGUUGAAAAACAGGUCAAUUUCCCGACUCCUCCCCAACCUAUAUGAAGCUAUAAAGGCCCCUGCAGCUUAUCCAUGAUAAAGAAAGAGGCAACAACAUCGGGUGAAGAAAGCUUAAGUAGCCCAGGGAUCUCAUCUCCCACCAUUCAAGCUCAAGAUUCUUUCCAAGAACAUAUACUUAGGAGACCUAAGCUCUUGGAAGCUCCAGGCUUUAUCUCUUCACCUUGAACUCUCCUUUCUCAAGAUACUGUUCUUUGUCUUCUAGGUCUUGGCCACAUCUGGGAUCCAAGCACCUUGUUUACCAGCCACGAAGAGGAAGAUCAAGAUGCAGAAAAGAAACAUUUGCCUUAAGUAUUGCUUACUGUUGCAUCUCCUACUAUUACAACAUGGCGGAACCUCCAGUAAUACUAGCACAGCUGUCAACAGUGAGUCCAGACCAACUUCCAGUGAACCCGAUACAGCCACCACUGGAUCCACUGCAACCUCCAGUGAGACUAGUAUAGCCUCGAACACUGCAUCCAGCAUGACCCAUGGUAGUCCUAGCACAGCCACUAAUGCUGGAUCCCAAGGGUCCUCCAGUGGAUCCAGCACCACCUCCAGUAUUGAAUCCAGUGUGACCUCUGAAGAGUCCAGCACAACCUCUGAUACUGGAUCCAGUGUGACCUCUGAAGAGUCCAGCACAACCUCUGAUACUGGAUCCAGUGUGACCUCUGGAGAGUCCAGCACAACCUCUGACACUGGAUCCAGUAUGACCUCUGUAGAGUCCAGCACAACCUCUGACACUGGAUCCAGUGUGACCUCUGUAGAGUCCAGCACAACCUCUGACACUGGAUCCAGCGUGACCUCUGGAGGGGCCAGCACAGCCUCUGACACUGGAUCCAGUAUGACUUCUGGAGGGGCCAGCACAACCUCCAGUACUGGAUCCAGUGGAACCUCUGGAGGGGCCAGCACAACCUCCAGUACUGGAUCCAGUGGGACCUCUGGAGGGUCCAACACAACCUCUGAUACUGGAUCCAGUGGGACCUCUGGAAGGGCCAGCACAACCUCCAGUACUGGAUCCACUGGGACCUCUGGAGGGACCAGCACAACCUCUGAUUCUGGAUCCAGUGGGACCUCUGGAAGGGCCAGCACAACCUCCAGUACUGGAUCCACUGGGACCUCUGGAGGGACCAGCACAACCUCUGAUUCUGGAUCCAGUGGGACCUCUGGAGGGUCCAGCACAACUUCUGAUACUAGGUCCAGCACAGCCUCCAGUGGGACCAGCACGGCCUCCAAAACUGGAUCCAGUGCAACCACAGGAGGCUCUGAUACAUCUUUUCCAACUGGAACACACACAACUUCUAACAAAAGUAGCACAAGUGCUGGAACUCCAGUGGAGGAUGUGAAGCCCAGUGGGUCCCUGAAGCCAUGGGAAAUCUUCCUCAUCACUCUGGUCUCAGUUGUAGUGGUCGUGGGAUUCUUUGUUGGGCUCUUCUUCUGCGUGAGAAACUCCCUGUCCCUGAGAAAUGUCCUUGACACAGCUGUCUACCGCCCCCAUGGCCCCAACCUCGGCCGGGGCCCUGGAGGGAAUCACGGAGCCCAUCACAGGCCUGGGCGGAGUCCUGCCAGGUCCUGGAACAGACCCAUAUCCUCAGUAACCAUGGAGAUGAGAGAAAGUCACAGUGGGUUCUGAGCGGCUGCUGAAGCCACGGAGCCACAUUCCUCAGAGAGAAAGCCAGCCUGGGGGACCCGAGAUCUGAGUGUUCUUUCAUUCAUCCCCAGGAGCCCCCUCUCAGCUUCAUUUGGGUCUCUGCAGGCUUGAGGAAGACACUUUCUCUUUCUCUCUUGCUUUUACCAGAUGUUGGGAAGAGACUCUGUUGGUCUUUAAGCUAUGAAAUAAACACAUGAAAUUAAAUC